AUGGCUCAAGUCGAUGGCUUCUGCGACCCUCGCUUUGAAAAAGUCCGCAAGGCGUUCCAAGAAGAGCUGGACACGGGCAAUGAACUGGGCGCCAGCAUCGCUGUCAAUCUAAAAGGUGAGAAUGUUGUUGAUAUUUGGGGAGGACAUCUGGACCAGACACGGACUCAACCGUGGAACCGUGACACGAUCGUCAACAUAUGGUCAUCAGGCAAAACAAUCGCGAGCCUUGCAGGCCUCGUUCAGGUCGAUCGCGGUCAGUUGGACGUGGACGAGAAAGUGUCAAAAUAUUGGCCAGAAUUUGCCGCCAACGGCAAAGAAAAUGUCCUUGUGCGCCAUUUUCUCUCUCAUACCUCGGGCGUUUCUGGUUUCGAAAGUCCAAUAACGUGGGACGAGAUCUAUGACUUCCCAAAGUCCACUGCUCACUUGGCCAGACAGAGCCCCUGGUGGGAGCCAGGAACAGCUUCAGGCUACCAUGGAAUCAAUAUGGGCCACUUGAUUGGCGAGCUUGUACGUCGGACAAGUGGAAAGUCGAUGAAAGAUUUCGUUGCCGAAGAGAUUGCUGGUCCGUUAGGCGCCGACUUUCAGAUUGGAGCCCUGGAGCAAGACUGGCCUAGAAUCUCACCUCUAGUUCCUCCACCGCCAUUGGAUCUAGAUUUCUCAGCAAUGGACCAAAACAGCGUAGCGGUGAAGACGUUCACGGCACCUCCUUUUGACGCUCUGAACGCACAUAAACCAGAGUGGAGGAAAGCUGAUAUUGCUGCUGUCAACGGCCAUGGAAACGCUAGGUCAGUGGCGCGAAUACUAUCGGUCAUCACGCUCGGAGGCACCGUGGAUGGUGUGAAGCUUCUAUCACCCCAGACGAUCGACCUAAUAUUCCGCCAACAAGCUGAUGGAGAAGACCUCGUUCUCUUGAUACCUCUUCGCUGGGGAAUAGGAUACUGCCUCACUGGCGGCGGAACAGCCAAGACUCUACCCCAUUGUCCUCAGGGGAAGAUCUGCUUCUGGGGUGGCUGGGGAGGAAGUCUAGGGUAUAUGGAUCUUGAUCGGGGCCUGACAUUCUCCUAUGUGAUGAAUCGAAUGGCAGAAGGCACGAUGCAGUCAGCGAGAACCGAAAAGUACUUCCGGGCUGUCUAUGAAGCACUUGGUGUCAUACUCCCCUAA